AUGGAACCGGCUUUCCAAUAUCUCUGGUACAACAGUCAGUAUCAAUGUAUUAUCUGUUAUGACUGCCAGUAUGCCCUCCCAAAUCGUCUAAUAUCGCGGCAUUUACGUAUUUGCCAUCAGAUUGAAAGCCGCACCGCGAUAGAGCACCAAUUACAAUGUAUUCCAGAGGACGCGCGCCCUCGUGAAGAUCAUACUGAUUUUCCUCCGCUGGCUGAUGGUACUGACGCUAUUCCUGGCCUGCCAAUCUAUGACCUGCUGCAGUGUGACUACUGUGGCUUCCUUACUGCCUCAAAGAAAUGGCUCCAGCGACAUCACCGGAUCGAGCAUACUGUCGGGAGCCCUCGCCCACUGGCCUGGACCCCUGUUCAGGGGCAAAGUUGGUUCACCCAUGCCCGCUAUUGUCGGUACUGGGUGACUGCGCCCACGCGUCCCCAGAGACCCAUGAGCCCCCAGUCCUCGGUCGCACCGCCUAAUCCUGAUGGAAAACCAACACCUCCGUCCCCUGCCUCUGUACAGUCAUCCCCCAAUGGACUGUGCCUACCGACUCUACCCCCAUCAUCCCCGACGCCAGCGGAGAAUGAUGCCGAUGUGAGCUCCUGCCAGCCUAAGACGCCCCCCCCCAUUCGACCAAUCAAAUCUGGACCAGGGGAAAUUCCGCGUACGGGGAUGAUCCCCCCUAGAAAGGAAGCGAUAACUCCAUGGUUAGCCCAGACCGGAUGGCUUCGAUAUCUGGAGGGACGGCCCCUUCAAACGCUUGUUGAGCUCCGGGGCCAUCCCAACACCCUUCAGCAAGAUCCUACGAUUGCGAGUGUCUGGCAGACUGAGAAGAGCAGCUAUUAUACUACCGUUCUUCACAUGAUCGGGGCCUCGUUUGACCGCAUUAUGGCCCGGGCGUUGGACACACUGGACAUCACCCACGAGCCGAUCCGCCAGAUCUUCCAUAGCACUAUUGCCGGUAAGCCAUAUAAGCGAGCGUUGGACCGGCUACAGCCAGCUACCGAGAAGAGAUACAUCAAGAUAUGGAAGCACUUUUUAUAUUGGUCCUUCCGGGCCGCCCCGUUUCCAGGUAACAGACAGCUCCAAGAUCUCGGGAUCCCGCUGGAUCUAUGCCAAAAGGAGCACCUCCAUCGGAUCUGGACGACGUUGGAACGCUUUCUCUGCCAGCCGGACGCCGUUGAAUUUACGCAAGCAGCACCGCCACCGGUGAUUACUACGGCAUCUUCUGAGCCGCCAGUAACAUCUUAUAGCCCACCAGCUCGGCUAAGAAAACGAUCGCUAUCAGUAUCCUCCUGCGACCCAGUUGAUGCCGAGGAGAGGCCUGUUAUGAAAAGGCAGGUGACCCGAUACCAGACCAUGAUCGCAGUCUGCAUCCCUGUCUACCGCCGGCCAAGCGUAGCGGAUCAUUUAGUGGAGCUUUCCCCGGACUCUCACAUUCUGCCGUCAUCUCCGCAAAAUCAGGGUGCCCCACAGGGCCGUCAGCAGCACAGGGUUGAAAUAAACGACCAGUUCCCAGCAACCGACCAUAAGGAAAGCCCCGAGGAAGCCUUCCUCAGGUGUUCCGCUAGCGAGGUCAGCAGUGUAUCUAGCGACAAUAAGCAGGACAUGGAACAAGAUGAGGAUGAGGAAGAGGAGUACCUCCUACCUCCAACAGUGGAAUCUGCCCAGUGCUUCUCUCACACCGAUGAUACAGGGCGGCUGGCUCCACCGGCCCUCCCACCUGCGGGACAGAGAUGGCUCGACGAAAGUCUAUUCAGUUUCUGCCUGAGCUGUCUUACGACGACUAGCAUCCAACAUACCGGCGAUAAAUUUGCGGCUAAUCUGAUGGCGUUUACGGCCGUACUUAGUAUCCAGGCCUCCACCCUCACCCUUCAGGAGCCAUACUCGUAUUCUUCCUCGCUCUCCGCCCUGAUCUGGGUCAGCCGAGUCCUGCUACUCGAAUAUGCCCUCCCUCUCCGGCGGUACCACUAUCUGCAGGACAUUCGGCCCCGGCAUGAGGUCCGGAAUCAGUACCAACGGGCCCAGGCGAUCCAAGCCCGAUACGCCGUCCGUGGGAGUCUCUACCCCCUUCACGCCAUCCUCGAGCUGCUCGGUCGGGCCCGUUGGCACAUCCGUCAUACCGCUCGUCCGGGGAAUAUACUGUGGUCGCCAGAUUACCAGACUCUAUUCUACCGCGGGUCUCCCCGGGGGAUUCAUCUUGACGAUAUCCGUGGGUGGAUUGAGGCCCUCCUCCAGUCGGUAACCCAGACGCUUGAGCACGGACUUCUCCUUGGCGUUUAUCCUUCCAUCGAUCUUACCACGCUAGUCGAUGAUCUAGGCGAGCAUCGGGCCGGCUUCUGCUUUCUUGAUAUACCGGCGAACCAGCUCCAGCCUACCUAUGCGCCGUUGCUCGCAGUCCAGACGACGCUGCCGGCGGGCAUGGCCCCUCUCCGCCAGGAUAAUCGGUGGGAUCCGCGCGCCGUUAUGGCGUAUCGGACCCAGGCUCAGUGGUUUCUCGACCAUCUUGCUCUCCUGAUCCAACUGACGUGGGGCCAGCCGAGCCGGGAGCCCGAACUGCUGCAGCUGAAGUGGCGGAAUACCUCGACAACACCGCGGAACCUGUACUUACACCAGGGCAACGUGCUUUUCAUCACCGAGUACCAUAAGUCGCAGGUGCGCAUUCAGACUACGCAGCAUGUAGCCCGCUUUCUGUGCCCCUCAGUCAGCCGGCUGGUAGUGCUGUAUCUGCUGCGCGUCCGCCCCUUUCUUGUGCUGCUCCACCAGCAGCUGCGGAAGAACGGACAGCCGCGCUUACACUACCGUCAAGUCCAGCCCAGCGCGAUGGAUGACUAUCUCUUCGCUUUACCUGGGGCAACGCCCCCCCGUUCCCAGGCCGGUAGGAUCACCGCCCUCAUGCGAGAGACCGCCCAGCCUUUCCUUCAUGGGCAGGAUAUUACCACCUGUAGCUACCGACAUAUUGCCAUUGCUAUUGCUAAAAAGCACCUCGCUUCGCAGGCAACGCCAGCUGAUUGGAGAAUCGCCACCGCGGCUCUCAGUAAUAUCCUGGCUGCGCAGGCAGGUCAUUAUAGCCACAUCAACGAACAGGUCUAUGCCGUGGACGUCAGCCAGCCAUUCGGCCUAACGCCGGGCCGGAUUGAGCAGUUCGCCGUGGCAUCCCGACUGUGGCACACCCUCGUCCUCCGCUCGGUGCCUCUCCGAGGUCUCUCAGACUGCGAGAGCCACACUCCGCCAGAGAUCUCCCCACCAUACCAGCCAAUACAAAAGCCCCGCGUUCUGUCGGGUCGGUCGACACAUGCGGUCCAAUCACUGCCCUGGGCCUUCCUACAACUCUACCCGGAAUGGCAGCUGCUGGUGUGCAUCACAUGUCAGACUGCCAUCUACCCUCCGCAGGUGCGCCAGCACAUCGAGCACCACACGAGCCAUGCCCUGCUGAGUGCGGCGGACCGCCAGACCAUCCAGUCCCUGGCGGUCCAGUCUCCUCUCGACGUCUGGCACCGUCUCCUGGCCCAGGAGCCCCCCAUCGCCCCCUUCCCGAGGCUGCCCCAAUGGGAGGCGUUGCCCUGUCAGUGGCCCGGCUGCCCGGCGCUGCGCCUCUCCCGUCGGGCCUUGCAGACACACAUCCGGGCCAAGCAUCCAUCAACUGAUCCGAGUGAGUUCCCGUCCCUUAUCGGCACCGCGGUGCCUGCCCAGUCCCUGACCCGCGCGGGAGGAUAUAUCUUCCGGGUGCAGCGGGCCGCUGGAGAGGUGUCUGCCGACCAAGGGCCUCCCCAGCAAGCGGACCACCCGGGAACCAGAUACCCAGGCUGCGGCGUCUUCGUGGCCCGGCCUCAGGAGCCUACGACCGCGCUCAGCCAGCAGUAG